AAUCUUAAAAAUCUGAAGAGUGUGAAUCUAUGAAUUAGUAGUGUCUGGUUUUUUCUUUUUCUGUCCCUUCUAUUUGCUUCCUUUCAUGCAUUUUGUUCUUUGUUCACCUUUGCAAUUGCAUGCAAUCACUUCCAUCAGAGUCCCAAACAGCACAGUCCAACCUUUUCCAUCAUGCUAAGAUCAUUAGAUUAAAAAACAAGGGUAAGUAGAUUCUUCACCUUCAUGUCUGCAUUGCAUAUUAGUGUUUUAAAAUAAUAAUUUAUGGUUCUGUGAUGAAAUUCAUGACAUGGGUCUUGGAGGUUUCACAUUCAGUUCACAUUUCCCUUGAGAAAGGAAUGAAAUGCAAGAGAGGAACAGAAGGAAAUUUGAACAUUAUGAGGAGAAUUAGAAUAAUUUAUAGUGACCCAUAUGCAACAGAUUGUUCAAGCGAAGAAGAUGACAAUUUUUUGAGCAAUCACUAUGAACAACAUGGUCCUAAGAGAUUCAUCAGAGAAAUCUUGGUUCCAUGCAUGCCAACCGAAUCGUAUGAAGUGGAUGAUGAUGAUUCUUUACAACAAGGUAUCAGCAUUGACAAAAUCAAACCAUGUCUUAACCUUUUGCGAAACCAUAGGAGCCGGAGAUCAUCCAGCAAGUACAGAGGUGUUCAAAGAAGGAAAUGGGGGAAGUAUGUGGCAGAAAUCCGAGACCCCAUCCGAGGCGUGCGAGUGUGGCUUGGUACUUUCAAUACGGAGGAAGAAGCUGCCAUCGCUUAUGAGAAGAAGAGAAUUGAAUUUGUGAACUCAUUGCUGGCUUUGAGGAGAAUGGUUGGUGUAUUGGACUUAGAAGAUGGCAAUCAAGUGUUGUCUCAUCCAUCCCCAGCAUCCGUGCUUGAUGUCGCGGCGACAAGAGCAUCAUCUGAUAAUGAUAGCAAUGGUCCAGUUGUUGAAGGAAAGGACAAUGUGGAAACAAGUGCUAUUGAAGGUGUAAUGGAACCUGUUCAUGCGGAAGAUCAUCAUUCAUUUCAGCAUUUGCUUGAGGAGUCAAUUGUGCAAUCACUGCUUGGGUAUGAAUUUGAUAGUUUCUUGGUCAAUGACAAUGGUGGCUGUGCUAUGUGGGAUGUGAAAGAUGGUGAAGGUAGCAGCACUCUUCCACAUAUUGAAACUGCUUUUGAUGAUUCAGAGUUGACUUGGUUUGAUGAAACUCUGAAUUUGUAAUGUCUUUACAAACUUUGCUGUUAUAAGAAUUAAACUGGGAGCGGGAGCUAAAGUUGCAGAGAGUAUCUCAGCACAUAUAGGCAAAACAAAAUUUAGGCAUAUCUUUAUAUUGCUGAGGCUUUGUUUAUCAUUAUAACGAAGUUCUUGGUCUUUUUUCUUGUGUGACCUUGUUAGACCUGUACAAGAUUCAAGCUCUCAAUUUUACUGCAGAUC